AAUGUUUAAAUUAUAGAGAACCCAUCAAAACACAGGAAGUUUAAAAAUCGAAGUGAUGGUGCUCCCCUUUGGGAGAAAAUCCAUGUUUCAAAAGUACAAUAAUCUAAAAUUGAUCGCUAUCAAAAUUUUUGUUAUUACUACUCUUUUAAAAACAUAUUUAUGAUGUUUAAAAUGGAUACUUUCUAGGAAAAAAGUUGUAGUUUUUCUGGAUAAGCUUGCCUCUACUCACGCCUAAUCCUUUGCAAUAAAUUCUCUAGAAAAUUCUCAACCACUAGAUAAAUACUCAUUGAUGAUUAUUAAUAAAAUAUUGCAAGGUUUCAUUUUCCCCACCUUCAAUAAUGACUGGUUAUUUCACUUUGUUCAUUCAUCAUCUAACAUGUGCCUUUUCCUUUUACUGUUUCCAUAUUUGGCAUCUGGUCAAUUUCUACAAACUGUGAAAGUUGGUCUGUUGUUCUCAAAAGAUACUGCUUCUGUGAUGAGAGCUGUCGGUUAUCGAACAUCAGCUGCAGCGGUGUUAGUGGCAAGGGAUCGAAUUAGAGCUGAACAUCUUUUGGAUCAAUAUGAUUUUAAUUUCACUGUAAAAUUUGAUGAAUGCACUGAGGGUCUUGCUGGCGGAAAAACGGUGGAACUAAUAAACCAUGAUAAUGUAGACGUAAUCAUUGGUCCAACAUGUAAUCGAGCUGGAAUCGCAGUUGCCUCUCUAGCCGCAUACUACAAUGUUCCAGUCUUCCAAUGGGGGCUGACGACUGCAGCUGACAUUGGUAAUGUCAGUAGAUAUCCUACAACUGUCACAUUGUCACUUGAUACACACAGCAUGGCUCUCGGAGUCCGAGAGGUUUUGAGAAGAUUCGAAUGGGAUGAAUUUGUAUUUAUAUACUCAAACGAUGGUGAUGAAGAGAAAUGUGCCUCGAUGAAGGAUGAUUUGGAAAAAAUGGGAAUUGAGAACUCAGAUGUUACCCUUGCCUACAUGGUUCAGAUUCAGACAGUGACACUGGACGCCUUACAGAAAGCACUUACUGAAGUUUCAAAAAGAGGACGAAUCAUAAUUGCUUGUUUCGCUAAUGGACGGGGAUUCAAGAAAGCAUUUGUGGCAUCCACAGUGCUGGCUGGAAUGUCAACUGAUGAAUACAUGUACAUGUUUGCGGAACCUCAAUCCAGGGGUUUCUAUGUUGAUGAAAUAAAUGGUGGGGAGCACUAUUCCUGGGAUGACACUGAUGGGAAUUUUGUCACUGGUCUCACGCCUGAGCAAAUUCGAGACGCCUACGGAAAAGUGUUAUACAUAUGCGAUAACAUGGGGCUACCAACAACAAUCACACCAGAGUUUGCAAAUUUCUCAAGCCAAUUGAUCAGCCGGAUGACCGAACAGCCAUUCAAUUGCGUACAAGAUUGUUCAAAUUCGACAUAUAAAGUUCCGGCUACCUACGCCGGACAACUAUUCGAUGCCUUCUAUGCGUAUGGUGUUGCACUGAACAGAUCACUUACACAAGACCCAACGAGAGCAAAUUUGAAAAAUGGUUCAUUUGUACUCAGUGAUAUCGGAAUGUCAUUUCAAGGAGUCGGUGGAGGUACGGUAACACUAGAUGACACCGGAACACGAAUCGUUCAAGUUUAUAUGUUUGCUUUAAAUACUUCACUUCUCCCAUAUCUUGCCGCGAGUCUUGUGAUAAAUGGAUCUGAAGUGGAGUAUACUCCAUUUUAUAAAUCAGAGGCGGAUCUUUGGAGUGUUCGACCAUUGGCAAGGCCGAUAUGUGGGUUCUCUGGUUUAGAGUGCCCACCAGACUUCGUCAAAGAAUAUCUUGUUUAUACAAUUAUUGCGGCGGUUAUUGUAGUUUUGGCUCUAUUGGCUGGAUGUGCAGGGCUUCUGUAUACGAUGCAAAUGAAGAGAAAAGAAAUGGAACGUCAAGAUCUUCUCUGGCAAGUUCCAUUCAUCGAGCUUCAGCAGGUGCAAUCGAAAUCAAAAGCCGAGGCAAGUAUGCACUCAUUUGCAAGUGGACCCUCUACUUCCACAAAAAUAACCGUUGAAAGUCGCUCGGAAACUAUAAAUUUCAUUUUCUACUACUACCAACAGGAUAUUCUUGCGGCGAUGAAACACGACUUGAUCCUCCAAUUUGAUGCCGAACAAAAAGCAGAAUUUCGUCAAAUGAGAAACUUUGACAAUGAUAAUUUGAACAAGUUCAUUGGAUUAUGCCUUGAUGGACCCCAACUUUUUUCACUUUGGAGAUUUUGCUCAAGAGGAUCUUUAUCAGAUGUUAUCAGUAAAAGUUCAAUGCAAAUGGAUAGUUUCUUCAUGUUUUCCCUAAUUCGAGAUAUUUCAAAUGGACUUUUAUUCAUUCAUAACUCGUUCCUCAAAUGCCAUGGUCAUUUAACUUCCCGAUGCUGCCUAAUCGAUGACCGAUGGCAAAUCAAAAUAUCUGGUUAUGGAUUAAAAUCGGUUCGAACUUUUGAAAAUCCGAAGAAAGAAGAUCUUUUGUGGACUCCACCAGAAAAUCUGAGAAAUGAGAAUGAAGAAAGGCUUCCUGAAGGUGAUAUCUAUAGCUUUGGAAUUAUUUGCUCGGAGAUUCUAACAAGAUCGUCGGCUUUUGAUCUGGAAAAUCGAAAAGAGAAGCCAGAUGUAAUAAUCUAUCAAGUGAAGAAGGGAGGUCAUAAUCCAAUGAGACCAUCAUUAGACACAGGAGAAACUGUUGAAAUUAAUCCAGCACUGCUGCACCUGAUCCGAGAUUGCUGGACUGAAAGACCAUCAGAACGACCAUCAAUUGAACAAGUCAGGGGUCAUUUAAAUGGAAUGAGAGAUGGAAGGAAAUCAAAUUUAAUGGAUCAUGUGUUCAAUAUGCUUGAAACUUAUGCAUCAACACUUGAAGAAGAAGUAUCCGAUCGAACGAAAGAACUGGUUGAAGAGAAAAAGAAAUCGGAUGUUUUACUGUACAGAAUGUUGCCGAAAAUGGUGGCUGACAAACUGAAGCUGGGACAAACUGUUGAACCUGAAACUUUUGAGCAAGUCACUAUAUUCUUCUCGGAUGUAGUCCAAUUCACGACUUUGGCUGGGAAGUGCACGCCGUUGCAAGUAGUCACACUUCUCAAUGACUUGUACACAAUUUUUGAUGGAAUUAUUGAGCAGAAUGAUGUUUACAAGGUGGAAACAAUUGGAGAUGGAUAUCUAUGUGUAUCUGGAUUACCACAUCGAAAUGGAAAUGAACAUAUUCGUCACAUUGCUCGAAUGUCUCUUGGAUUCUUGUCCAGCUUGGAGUUCUUCCGAGUUCAGCAUUUACCAUCUGAGCGUAUCAAUCUAAGAAUCGGAAUUAAUUGUGGUUCCGUGGUUGCCGGAGUCGUUGGUUUAACAAUGCCACGAUACUGUCUAUUUGGAGAUGCAGUUAACACAGCAAGCCGGAUGGAGAGUAAUGGGAAACCCGGAAAAAUCCACGUGACUGCUGAAGCGAAUCAAAUGUUAACUCAAGUCGUUGGUGGAUUCAGGACAGAAUCUCGAGGAGAAGUUAUAAUUAAAGGGAAAGGAGUUAUGGAGACAUAUUGGCUUCUAGGAGAACAAUCUAGAAUUAGUGUUUCUGCUCAGGCACCGCGAGAAAAGACACCAGAACCGCCUCGUCGGCAAUCUGUUCGGAGCAUAUCUCCAAUUAUUGAAAAAAUGUCAGAGGAAACUCAGAAGGGAUUGUAUUCUGCUUACAAGGAUUUUAAUAAUGGCAACGAAUGUGUUUCAUAAGUCUAACAAAAAUAAUAAAAAUGAUUUCACUUAA